CGCUUCGCUUAUACAGCCUGCAACCCCGAUGAACUGACCAUCCAGCGCGGCGACCACCUGCGGGUGCUGGAGAAAAGUUCCGACGGCUGGUGGCGGGGCGUUCUGAUCACUGAGGGCAAACCACAAGUCUCCGGUUGGUUCCCUUCCAAUUACGUGGCUGUGGAAACGUCAAAGUCACUUUGGGGUGACGCCCUCACUCUCUUGAAAUGA